AUGAAAAUAGCUUUCGAAAAACUAGAUGAGUCUUUGCAACAUGCGUUAGUUUGUUUGUCCGUGUUUGAUCGAUUUUUUACAAAAGAUGCUGCUGAGGCGUUGCUGUGCAAGGUUAACUGUGCUAACUAUCUAACAAAGUUAAAGAAAAGUUCCUUGAUCCAGAAGCAGGGCAACCGAUUUCUCAUGCAUUUACUGAUUAGAGGUUACGCGAGACAAAUCGGAGAAAUCAAAUUCCCCCAAAUUCUUGCUCUUGGCGAGCAGAGGUUUAUUGAGCACUAUUUGUCGCAGAUUUUGAGAAAUGCAAACAAGUAUUGGGGAAGAGACACAUGUAUGGAAUCCUUCCAUCUUUUCAACGAAGAAAGGAUCAAUCUGGAAGCCACUCUCAGAGUUGUGGGCCAACAGAAAAUACGCUGCUGUAGGGCAAGUAAGGAACUCCUGGAAGAUGUGGUUGCACAGUGCCAACAAGUAGCACCAUACAUCGAAUAUUGUGUCCCUUUUAAGAUGUAUGAUGACUUUCUUGAAGGGCUGCUACAUUUAUCUCGACUCCAAAAGAAAAUUACUAAGGAGGUAGAAAUUUUGUGUCUCCUUUUUCAUGAAUCAAGAAAACAUGGUGAAGGUGAUACGCAGAAAUCAAAAGAUCUCAUUAAACAGGCUAUCGAACUGCACGAUGACAACCUCCCAUGUUUUGAUGAAGACGGUUUGUCUGAAGUCUUUUAUUUGAGCCACUAUGGCCGAUACCUCUCACAGGACCGUAACGAAAGGGAGGAAUCACAAACUUUCCUUGAAAAGGCAAUUUCAAUUUGUGAAAAGGAGGCUGCGAAACAUUUGGAACAUAACUUCACAUUUGAUAAGGGCAAAAUUCUUUCUCAAAUGGGACAUAACGCGAAACUUCACAAAGAUGGAGUAAAGCGCGAAGCCGCUGUGAGAUACUAUAGUGAAGCCUUAAAUUUUCGUCUUGCGCGUUAUGGAAAGCAUCUUUUAACGGCGUUUUCAUACAAAGAAAUGGCUGAUUACUUUUUGUAUAUUGAGGAACUGGGCAAGGCAGAUGAGAACUACAAGAAAGCACUUGCUAUUUUGGAAAACAUGGAUGUAAAGGAACAGAAAGAGAAAGUUCCCAUCUAUAAAAACUUUGGAAUCUGCUACCAGAAAAGAAAAGAUUUUGUCCGAUCUCGAGAAAUAUUUCAGCUGGGACGGUCUGUUGCCGAUAACACCAUAGAGGGAAACCACAAAUGGAAAGUUUGGAUCAACACCUAUUUAGCGCUGCUUCUGCACAAAGAAUAUCCUGACAAAGAACGGGAGGCCCGCAUAAUUUCUGCGGAAGUUUUUCUAAUGGGUAAGGAACUCGGAAUGAAGAAAUGGCCUGAAAAGGAAGCACUUGAAACGUUUUACAAGAAUCAAUAG